CACUGCUUCUUGAGUGAGAGUAAGAAGAGACGUGCUUUUUUCGCCGACUGUCAGAUAAACGACUGAUCGUCUUUAAGUAAUCUUGUGAUUAUUUAACUCAAAACGACACGGUCACCAGCAUCCAGGCGUAUUUCAAGUGGGUCUCGACAUGUCCCGCUACUAUCAGCGGCCGGAAAAUGCCUUGAAGAAGGCAAAUGAAUUCAUCGAGGUUGGGAAGCCCACCAGGGCGCUUGACACUCUCUACGAUGUCAUCAAGGGGAAGAAGCACAGGGCGUUUAGUGAAAAGGUCAUCGAGCCCAUCAUGCUUAAGUACUUGGAACUGUGUGUGGAUCUCAAGAAACCACACACGGCGAAAGAAGGUCUUUACCAAUAUCGGCUUAUGUGCCAGUCGGUCAAUGUUGGGCUCUUGGAGAAAGUCAUCCGUAGUUUUAUCCGGAUGGCGGAGGAGAAGACGGAAACUGCUCGAGAGGCUUUAAAGAAGGAGGAGGUUGAAAAGUCAGAUGCAGAAGCUAUUGUGGAAGUGGAUGAUUUGGAUAAUUUGUCCAUGGCUGAAAUGACUUUGCUCAAUGUCAUCACGGAAGAACAAGCACAAGAGCGGAGUGAUCGAGCCGCUCUGAUCCCAUGGGUGAAAUUCCUGUGGGAAUCGUAUACCCAGUGCUUGGACUUACUUCGUAACAAUGCCAGAUUGGAGACUCUUUAUCACGACAUUGCACAAAUGGCCUUCAAAUUCUGCCUGAGUUUCAACCGGAAAACUGAAUUUCGUAAACUUUGUGAACGACUCCGAAAGCAUUUCGAUGACAUUGUAAAUCGUCAAGGAUCACAAAUGAACAACAUUGACUUCUCUUCGCCAGAAACCCAACAGCUAAACAUGGAGACUCGUUUGGCACAGUUGGAUUCCGCCAUUACACUCGAAUUGUGGCAAGAAGCGUACAAGGCGAUUGAAGACAUUCAUCUUCUCAUGAACCAAUCCAAGAAGCUUCAAACUCGAAUGAUGGCGUAUUACUAUCAAAAAUUAUCCUUGGUAUUUUGGAAAGCUGGGAAUCUGCUCUUCCACGCGGCAACUUUGCUAAAGUAUUACAUGCUUUGUAAAGAUAUGAAGAGGAACGUUUCGGCCGAAGAACUGCAAAAAAAUGCAUCCCAAGUUUCUCUUGCCACGCUGGCCAUCCCGUUCCCAGUGGCACAUCCCGAAUUUGAGCGAUUCGUCGAGACUGACAAAGGAAUGUUGGAAAAGUCGCAAAAGCUGUCAAUGCUCUUGUUCCUUCCACAGCCACCAACACGGGCUUCCCUCAUCCGAGAUUUAAUGCGAUACGGCGUUCUACAAAACUCCAUCCAACCCUUGACCGAUUUAUAUGAAAUUUUGGAAACCCGUUUCGAACCAUUAGAUCUUUGCGGUCACGUUGAGCAGAACCUGGCCAAUUUAAAAGCAUUUGCCGAUCAUGAAUACAUCGAUCAGUACAUUGAACCCGUUCAAGAUGUUGCACUUUGUCGAUUAAUAAAACAAAUAUCUCAGGUCUACCAAAACAUUGAUUAUAAUCAUCUUCUCAAAAUGACUGUCUUUGCCGAUCAAUCUCGCGUUGAACAACUGCUCGUAGACGCGGUUCGAUACAGUGAUAUGCAAAUCAACAUUGACCACCGAACAAAUUGCAUCAAGUUUGGCUCUUCUCUUGCCGAGGCGUCUCGAGAAGACAUGCCUGAAGGUCCCCAAUUGCAAGUCAUGCCGUCCGAAGCUGUCCGUCUUCAACUUGUCAACGUUGUGGACUACAUUGAUGAAACGAUCGACAUGAUUGCUCCUUCAAAUGCUCAGUCGGACGAUGACAUUCUUCGAAGCAAAAUUGCAAGUCACUACGUGAUGACCGAGAAACAAAGCCAUAUGGCUCUUCUCCAGCGACAGAAAAUUAUUGCUGAUCGCCGAGAGGAGUUGGAGAGGUCUGCUGCCGAUCGCGAGAAUGAAGAGAAAUGGCGCAGUGAGCAAAUGGCUAAGCAACAACAAGCCAUUGAGGCCAAGCGACUGGAGUCAGAACGAGAAGAGCGUGAAAAGAAACGUGUUGACGCGGAACGUGCAACUAUUCAGAAAAAUCGACUCAUGGAACGUUUCAUGCAAAUUAAAAACAGUCCAUUGGGCAACAAAAUCAUUACUCGUUUCGAUGACGAUGAAAUGGCCAAGAUGGAUGUUGAAAGCGUGCUGCAAAAGCAACAAGAAGAGAUGGCAAAAGAGGUCAAGGAGCAGAUGGCACGCUUGAAGGCGCAGGAAAAGCGCAUUGAUCAUUUGGAAAGGGCGAAACGUAUGGAAGAGAUUCCAGUCAUCAAAAAGUACGUGGAGGAGAAGAAGGAGUUUGAAAAAGUGGAAUGGGAAGCUCAUGAAGCUGAAAGGAUUGCACAUCUUAUUGAAGAGCGAAAAAUUGCGGUUGCAACUCGCGACAGGAUGAAACGCAUGCGAGAUGACAAGAACGCGUUCCUCUCGUCUCUGCUCGAAUCUCGACGUCAUGUUUUCUUAGAGAAGGUUAGCCACUUUGAAGACGAGCUUUCACGCUAUAAGGCUACCAGAUUGCAAAAGCGACGCGAGGAGCGAAAGGAAGAGCGACAAAUGAAGUAUCGUCAACAAAUGGAGGAAGAAGAACGGAUUCGUCAAGAAGAGAGUCGACGAAUUGAGGAAGAACGAGCUCGUGAAGAGCGAGACAAGAUUGAGAAGGAGAUGGAAGAGAGGAAUCGUAUCACGCUGGAAAAACAACUUGCAAAACAGCGAGAAAUUGAAGAUCGUGAAGAACGAGAGCGAAAAGCGGCUCCACCUGCGACCGUAGCUCCAGGCGAGAAACCUGUCGAACCAUGGCGUCCUUCGUCAAAGGGUAGUAGCGGUAGUGGUAGCGCGCCAGGAACUCCGGGCAACGUUUGGGUUCCACCAGCCCGGAGGAAGGCUAUGGAAUCAUCAAAGGAGAACAGUCCUGACUUUCGCCAACUUGACAUGGAUCGACGUGAAACACCACGCGCGGAGCACAGCUUUGAAAAAGUGCGUGAACGACGUAACGACAAUGACUUUGAUCGAGGAGAGAAGCGUGGUGGUGGUCGCGAGCAAGACUAUGAAAAUUCUAAUAGACGAGGAGGAGAUGAUGAAGAACGUUGGGACCGUGAUCGUGGAGGUGACCGUGGAGGAUCAGACGAGUGGAGGCCAAGUCGUGACCGCGGAAGUGGUGGUGGUGGGAGCGACAAGAGGGAAUGGGACAGAGAUGGUGGUAGACCCGGUUUUGAAAGUCGUGGGCCUCCAAGGGGCGGGGGAGGAAGUGGUGGUGGUGCUGACUUGCGUAAUCCUGAUCGGGAUCGUGUUCAGAAAAUGGAUGAUCAACCAUGGCGUCGGUCAGGAGGAGGAGGAGGUGGAAGCAGUAGAGGCAGCGAAGGUGGUCGCUCCUCAGAUUCAAUGAACAGCUCUCCGAGAACACCAGGUUCAAGUGGUCCACCCUCCGCCCGGCGACCAGAAAGUCGUGGAGAUCGUGACAGCUUUCCUGCCGAUGAUGGGAACUGGCGACGAAAUCCCAAAAAAGAAGAGUCGGCCCGCAACAAGUAAACUCUUACCUGCUUUUGUAAGUCAAGCAACAUGCAAAUCUUCGCAACUUUGACGUUAGAAUUGUACUGUUCAUUACAUUUUGUUUACAUAUAUUUAUGUGAAAUGUUUGGAAAUAAAUAUAUAAAAACUUUUCCUAAG